AUGGCUACUCAAGCAGGCAAUCCAAAUAUGGAAUUAUUAAUUCCCAUGAUCAAUCAACUUCAACAUAUAUUUACAACAGCUAAUGCAAAAUUAACAUUGACAUUACCACAAAUUGCAGUAGUUGGUGCUCAAUCAGCUGGUAAAAGUUCAGUACUAGAAAAUAUUGUUGGCCGAGAUUUUCUUCCUCGUGGUGGAAGUAUGGUUACUAAACGGCCUCUUGUCCUUCAACUGAUUUCAUCACCAGGCCAAGAAUAUGCUGUAUUUGGACACAAACCACAGCAGAGAUAUAUAAACUAUGCUGAUGUUCGAGCUGAAAUUGAAAAUGAUACAAAAUCAGUUGUACGAGAUGAUAUGGGUGUUUCUAAUUUACCAAUCAAUUUGACAAUUUAUUCACCACAUGUCGUUAAUCUUACUUUGGUUGAUUUACCUGGUAUGGUCAAAGUUCCAUCUCAAGGACAACCAGCGGAUAUAGUCAAGAAAAUCGAUGAUAUUAUCAUUGAAUAUAUAAGCAAUGAAAAUUGUCUUAUUCUAGCUGUUACACCAGCUAAUAUUGAUAUUGUAACAUCAGAUGCUUUAGUUAUGGCACGUAGUCGCGAUCCAUUAGGUAAACGUACAAUUGGUGUACUAACAAAACUUGACAUGAUGGGUAAAGGACAUGAUGCUCGUGAGGUACUCUUAAAUAAAGUUGUCGUACUUGAACGAGGAUUUAUUGGUGUUGUGCUUCGUGGUCCACAACGUCUUGAUGAACAUGGUCGACCAUCAAAAGAAUUAGAUAUUCCAGGUGCACUUGAACAUGAACGUCAAUUUUUUGCGAGUAAUCCAUCUUACCGUGAUAUUGGUGAUCGUAUGGGUGUUCCAUAUUUACAACGUACACUUAGUCUUCAAUUAACUGAACAUAUUCUUAAAUGUUUACCAGAUUUAAAACGAGAUUUACAAGCACGACAUCGUGAUUUAGCAAGAGAAGUUGCUGAGUAUAAAGCAUCAUCGAUGUUCGAUGUUUCAGGAGGUGGAGACACAAAAGCACUAGUUGGAUUAUCUCACGAAUUACGUGAAGAUUUUGAUACAGCAUUACAGGGUAAUAAUUUAAAAGAAGCUGAUUUAAAAACACUAACAGGCGGUGCACGUAUUGCAAAUAUAUUUCGUGAACGCUUUCCAUUUGAAUUAAUAAAAGUUGAAUUACAAGAUAAAGAUAUGCGUAAUCAAACUGUCGUUGCAAUUAGAAACAUUCGUGGUUUCCGAUCAGGUCUUUUCACUCCAGAUGAAGCAUUUGAAUAUAUAGUUAAAACACAAAUUGCAAAAUUUGAAGAACCAAUUUUUAAAUGCGUCGAUAUGGUUACAUCGGAAUUACUUUCCAUUGUUCAUGAAGCUACUAGCAAAAUGAAACGUUAUCCUUUAUUGCGACAAGCAACUGAAGAAUUACUUACACAAUAUCUUAGAGAAAGAGAAGUGGCUACAAAACAUGCAUGCAAUGCGUAUGUUCAAACACAAAUUGCAUAUAUUAAUACAAAUAAUGAAGAUUUUAUUGGAUUUGCAAGCGCAGAAAAAACUGUUACUACCGGUGAAACCAAACGAAGUGUCACUAAUCAGGUUAUUCGCAAAGGAUUUCUUCGUGUUCAUACUGGUGUUAAAUUAUUCCAAGCCAAAGAUUUUUUCUUUGUUUUAUCAACCGAUAAUUUAUCUUGGUUUACAGAUUCUGAUGAAAAAGAUAAAAAAUAUAUGUUACCAUUAGAAAAUCUUAAAAUUCGUGAUGUUGAAGGUGGUUUUAUGGCUAAACGACCACAAUUUGCAAUAUUUAAUACAGAUGGAAAAAAUGUUUUUAAAGAACAUAAAGCACUUGAAUUAUCUGUUGAUAAUAGCGAAGAACUUGAUACAUGGAAAGCAUCAUUCUUACGUGCUGGCAUUUAUCUUGAGCGUGAGCAACACACUGAAGAUACAACAUCCACAGCUGAAGUGGGUCCAAUUGAUCCACAUAUGGAACGACAAGUUGAAACUAUAAAUAAAUUAGUAUCAUCAUAUAUGCAAAUAAUUGCCAAAAUGACACGUGAUUAUAUUCCAAAAGCAAUUAUGUACAAUAUUGUUCAGAAUGUGCAAAAAUUUGUAGCAAAAGAAUUAUUAGCGCAUCUCUAUGCUCUUCCUGAUCCAAAAUCGUUAUUACAAGAAUCAGAAGAAGAACGACAACGUCGUGAACAAAAAAUUUCAGAAUUCGAAGCUGUUAAAAAUGCUUUAAAUGUAAUCGAAAAUUUCCAUCUUAAUGCUCGAAAAGUUGCAGGAGCAGUCAUGCCAGCAUCUGCAAUAGCUGCUGGAUUUUCUAGUACAACUGCAAAUAAUAAUUUUGCACCACAGACAAAUUUUCAACCGCAAAACAAUUUCCAACCCCAAACAAAUUUCCAACCCCAAACAAACUUUCAACCUCAAAACAAUUUCCAAACCCAAUCGAACUUUGCACCACAAACAAAUUUCCAAACAAAUUCACUUGACACAACAUAUUUUCAACAACAACAAGCAUAUGCAGGUAAUCGUCCUGCAAGCCCAAAUCCGCAACGUAAAGGACAAGCACCUAUGAAUCCGCCUACAAAUACAUUUCAAGCACGCGAUGCACCACCACCACCAAUGCGACCUAAUCCAACAGCUUUACCUACACCCAUGAUGCCUCAACCAGCUAUGAAUCAAUUCGGUAGAGUAAGUCCUCUUCCAGGAGGCUUGCCACCACCUUUAACGCCACUACGUCCAACACCUUCUGUUCCACCACGACCAUUUGAACGACCACCAGUACCACAGCGAAAUUAA